AGUCAGUGACCAACAGCCGAUUUGUGUGGACGUUUGAACUAGCUUGUGUUCUUCUUUGAAUAUAAAAAUAAACUUUUUUCUUGUUCAAGACCUACAUUGUUGUGAAGAAUUGAGAAACUGAAAGUGAUUGAUGCAAAGCUGCGCAUCCCAAGAGCGAAAUUAAUUGGACCUAUUAGUUAUAUAUUGCACUGAUUAACGAAGAGGGAGUCUCAGUUACAGUUCGCAUUCGGUACGAUUCGGGACCUCUUCCGGAAGGAAUUUACUACCCCCGUGUGGAGAAGAAGAAGAAGAAGCAGGAGGUACUGUCUUUAGGAUUCGUCCUUGUUAAUUAUUUUUUAAUUUGAUCUGGUACCAAUUGGAGAAAAACAGAACCAGACCGAAAUCGGAUAACCGGUUAACGGGAGGAGUGGAUAAAAAAAAGUCACCUGUGAUUACAUCACAGCCUGCUUCGGCAGCUUUGCCGGCGAGCGAAUUACACGCUGUGUGGAGCGCUAGUGCUUCGCCCUUCGUAGGAAACCACAGCAGGCGAAAUACUAUUUCGUGUCAAUGAAGAUAGUUCUGUGUGUGGAGUGUGCGUGUUUUUGUUGAGCUAUGUGACUGUUCAACUGAAGCGAAUCUAUUUCAACGAGAAGUUUCGUGACAAAAGUAAACAAAAGACAGUUGCCGACAGAUUUUGCGUAAAAUAUCGCAAGAGGAAAACAGACAUUCAGAGGAAAAAUUGUGGUUCAUCUACCGAUAAACGCUUUUGUUUGUGUGAGUGUGGUGGACUGUACACGAUAAAGGAAAAGGAGACAAUAAGAAAAAUUAUGACACAGCGUGAGCGAGAUACAUUUAUUCAUCUAUUUGCUGGAGGUGUCGCUGGUACCGCUGGCGCCGUGGUGACAUGUCCUCUGGAAGUGGUGAAAACUCGUCUGCAAAGUUCGACCGCCUCGUUUAUCCAUAGCGUACCUUCCCGCAUAGUGACGGACGCCGCUGGGAAGUUCAUCGGAAACGAGCAUCAUCUGCGCAGCAACAAUUCCACCGCAGAUCUCCACCAUUCCAGGCAGCAUCGAGUAUGUGCUAGCACAAUUCUAAGCCGUCGGCGUCCAUCGAUACUGGCCAUCCCCCAGUGCGGUCUCUCGACGUCGGUGCAGUCGAUCUCGAUCUGGCAUUGUCUGAAGCACAUCGUCCAAACCGAGGGUUCACGGGCCCUUUUCAAGGGCCUCGGUCCGAACAUUGUCGGUGUCGCUCCAUCUCGUGCGAUCUACUUUUGUGCCUAUUCGAAGGCCAAAAACGCACUCAAUGCCAUUGGCGUGAUCCCUGCCAACUCGCCCCUGGUGCACAUCAUGAGUGCCUCGUGCGCUGGCUUCGUCUCGACCUCACUCACCAACCCGAUCUGGUUUGUCAAGACGCGUCUGCAGCUGGACUUCAACGCUAAUGGCAAGAUGACGGUGUCGGAGUGCGUGAAGCAAAUCUACGCGAACCAGGGCGUGCGGGGCUUUUACAAGGGCAUCACGGCCAGCUAUGUCGGAAUCUCGGAAACGGUUAUCCACUUCGUGAUCUACGAAGCGCUCAAAAAGAAACUGAAUGAGCUACGACAUGGACAUCCCACCGAUAACAAAACCUCGCGGGACUUCCUCGAGUUCAUGGCGGCCGGAGCCACCUCGAAGACAAUCGCUUCCGUCAUUACCUAUCCACACGAGGUUGCCCGAACCCGACUGCGCGAAGAGGGAAACAAGUACCGGAGCUUCUGGCAGACCAUCCUCACCGUGUGGAAGGAGGAAGGAAAGGCGGGAUUGUAUCGCGGCCUUGGCACCCAAAUGGUUCGUCAGAUCCCAAACACGGCCAUCAUGAUGGCCACCUACGAGGCAGUUGUUUAUGUUCUAUCGAAUCAGAUAAACGUGAACAAUCUGGUGGUCGGCAACUGAGAGCAGGACAAUGGCAGUCCGGUGAGAAACGGUGAUGGUCACUACUACUUUCCGGCACUAGCAGCACUGCUGUUUCGCGACAGUGGCGGAUCCAAUGGUAGCAAUGAAGGAGGAGGUGGAAGAGGAGCAGCAGCACUAGCAACGAUGGAUGAACUAGAAUCCGUAUUCGUUGUGCACUGUAUUUGCGAUUUCUUCGUAGAUCCUUAGGGUCUAGCCGUGUAGAAUGGAGAGAGAGAGAACUAACAACAUGGAGAGCGAGGAGUCUAAUUAUUUUUUAUCUUUGUUUAUGAACACCAGAUUAACAUA